AUGUGUGAGAUCUAUCCAGCAUUUUACGAUUAUCGCUCGCACGUUGAUGAACUCUUGGCUCAAUCUAUUCAUGUCGACAUGAUUUGGGUGACUGGAAAUUUGAUCUUCCUGGACAAUAGCGACCAUAAGCCAGAGAUGUUGUCAGCGAGCGAAGGGGACACAACACUGGAGAACAUUCAAUGCCGCGUUGCCUACGUCCCUGGGCGUCACGACCCGCCUACAACUCAGGCAAGAGUGCUGAAGGGGCUUCUUGGCAGCGGGUCUCAGCUGCCGCGUCUAACAUCAAACUCAUGCAAUCUAUAUCAUCGCUGCUUGAGGAUUGCUCAAGACCUCGUGUUGUUGGGCUUCGACUAUGGCAAGAUGCCCAUGACAGAGAUAGAAAGACACAUGAAUGCGGAGAAUUCGUUGCAGCAGAAAGAAGGUUCUGAUAACCAACAGCAGUAA